UUUGGGAGUCGGUGAGGCAGGGUGGACUGGCUCUUAUAUUCUUUCAUAGUGCAAUGACUCGCCGCUAUAGCAUACAUCAGGCAGGCAGACAGAUAACCAACACGGAACUAUGCAAGCACCUCCCUUGACUCAUCCGAUAAGACAGGAAGCAACGCAGGACUCAGAAUCGCUGGAUGUGUUGGAAAAUUCAUAGUAGAAUUCAUCUUUAAUAAUGGAACGAAUGUGAAUAAGAGAGAGAAAAAAUACAAACACACAAACACGAUAAUACGAAUGCUAGUGUGUGACGCCCCUACGACACCCAAACUCCCACAGGAACUAGGGAAGGAGUUUUUGUCCCCAGGAAGAUACAGGAGAGUGAGCGGGAGUAUCAACCAGAAAAUAUGAAGAGGACCAUUUGGCCCGGGCUCAGCGGGUGUUGGGGGCCCAUGUGUUAAACCGGGUCUCCGUUCCUCCUCCUCUUCCUCCUCUUCCUCCUACUCCCUACUCCUUCCCUCUCCUCCUCCUCCUCCUUCUCUACAACGUCCUGGGGGAAAAAUCGAAACCCAGUGGUAGCUUCCCUCUGUCAACAGCCUCGUCGUGCCUGGCUCACCAUCACCACCGCCGCCGCUGCCUCCUCCGCCGACACAGGUGUUAAGUGUGGUGCGUGGAGAGACCUCACCACCACCACAACUACUACCACCAUCGUACUACCACUAUCCUCUUCAAGAACUCUGUAGUCAUCAUGGAGUAAAGAGAGAAUAUCACCAUACAGGAGAGAGAGAUGAUGUUAACUACCUCACGAUAUUAAGUAAAGAUGGACACUGACACUAUGAGCCUGGCCAGAGGUGUGGGCGUGGCCAGGGGUGUGGGCGUGGCCAGGGGUGUGGGGGGCGUGGCCAGAGGAGGGGUGGGCGUGAGGCGUCUACUACUUCUGGUCUUCUUCCUGCUGGCAAUGUUCUGCGGCCUGGCCGUAGGAAAUCGAGACAGCGAGAUCUCGUCGUCCAACUUCCGUCUUCGUGAAAAAGAAAUUAUCGAUGAGAUCAUUGGUCCGGCUAACUAUGACAAGCGUAUCCGGCCAGCCGGCGCCAACGACACCGGUCCGGCCAUCGUUCACAUCAACAUUAUGAUCCGCAACGUGCAGACCAUCUCUGACGUCAAGAUGGAGUACAGCAUCCAGAUCACCUUCAGAGAACAGUGGAACGAUCACCGUCUUACCUUCAAUAACAUGGAAGGUCGUAUACAGUACCUGACGCUCACUGAGACAGAUAUGGUGUGGAUGCCUGACUUGUUCUUCAAGAAUGAGAAAGAAGGUCACUUUCACAAGAUCAUUCUACCCAACUUGUACAUCCGUAUCUACCCCGACGGUGGCGUCCUCUACAGUAUCAGAAUCUCGCUGACGCUGUCUUGCCCGAUGGACUUGAAGCUGUUCCCACUAGAUCGUCAGCAGUGUCAGCUCCUCAUGGCUUCCUACGGAUGGACGACGGAGGAUUUAGUGUUUCUGUGGAAGGACGUUGAGCCCGUCCAGGUGACCAAGAAGCUUCACCUGCCACGCUUCACCCUCGAGAAGUUCAUUACUGAUUACUGCAACAGCAAGACCAACACAGGUGAAUACAGUUGCCUUCGCGUAGACCUGGUCUUCAAGAGAGAGUUCUCGUACUACCUCAUCCAGUACUACAUCCCCUGCUGUAUGUUGGUGAUCGUGUCAUGGGUGUCCUUCUGGCUCGACCAGAACGCUGUCCCCGCGCGGGUGUCCCUGGGGGUAACCACGCUCCUGACGAUGUCCACGCAGACCUCCAGUAUAAACAGUACUCUGCCGCCCGUGUCCUACACCAAGGCCAUCGACGUGUGGACCGGUGUGUGUCUCACCUUCGUCUUCGGGGCGCUGUUGGAGUUCGCGCUCGUCAAUUACGCCUCGCGGUCCGAUAAACACCGCGAGAAACUGAAGGAGAAACUGAAGGAACAAAAGAAGCAGUGGGAGGCGGAACACGCUGCUGCUAUUGAAGCUGCCAUGCAGGAGCAGGUAGAGGACGGCCACACCUUCGCCAUGCCGGCCUCACCGCCUCGGCCUCGUCGCUUCAUGGAUCUACUUAUCGCUAAGACGAAGCCGUUGGUGUCACGUCAUAACGGAGGUAUGGGAGCAGAGAAAGGCCGCCCUUGUGAGAUCCACCUACAGGCCCCGAGGAAGAACUGCUGCAGGACGUGGCUCUCUAAGUUCCCUACACGAAGUAAGCGCAUUGACGUUAUCUCCCGCAUCACCUUCCCCCUCGUCUUCGCCUUCUUCAACAUGGCCUAUUGGAGCACUUAUCUCUUCACCGAGGAGGAGGAGGAGAACCCCAAGUAAACAAACAGGUAAAUCUUUACAUCCUCAACAUCAAGACUCCAAAAUAUUUGGUCUAUUGGUGACCUGAAACACGGCUGACUGGACCUACACCUAACUGUAAAUCUGGAGGACUGUAAACAUAGAUGACUGCAACAUAAGUAACUGGAAAUCCCGAUAAAUGGAAGGUGAAUCAACAGAGGAAUACAUUGAUUGGGACCCGAGGAUCAUUGGACUGUUAUUGACUACAGUUAUAAACAAGUAUGACUGUGACUCUACACCGACGACUGUAUCCCUGGGUGACUGGAUAACAAGAAUCCUAAAGAGAUUUAACCAAGAAUAACUAAGGGAACUGAACCACUAGUUGACUGUAUCCCUGGAUGACUGACUGCCCGGACCUCUGAGAUAUCCUUCAAGCAAGAAUAAAUCCACACUUAAUGGAUCCCGGGAACUGAAAACAAACAAUGGCUUAAAUGACGAUAUGGAUCUAACUAUUAAUGAGGAAAAAUCACCGCCACCCUCCUCCUCAACACCUGCCAAGAGCAUAACGCCUCUGAGGAUCCAACAAGUAAUGUGAGACUAAGGCGGGACUCGACCAACUCCUUACGAGAACGACAACAUUUGAAAAUCUGUGAAUACGGAUUUCUUUACUGAGUCACCGUUAAAGACCUCACAGAAGGAUGUAAUAGUAAAGAACAAAGAGAUACGUAAUUCAUCUAUCAAGAGCGAGAUUUUUAUGACUAUGUCCCCCAUGCAUGCAUCAGGUACUAUACAGUCGAGGUCAAAAGUUCGUUUCCUCCCAAACUUAAGCUGUAUCGACCCCAAAUGAGAUCAAACAAAACACCCGCAUCAGAUGGCAGUCAGGGCCAGUAAUUCAGCUCGGAGACUCAUUCCUGUGACUUAGUUCCACCACAGGAAGAGAACUUUUGUCCUCGACUGUAUAUUGUGAUCUGAAACUUGGACUUAAAUAAAAAAAGACAAAUUUUCCAUAGUUUAGGUGGUUUGUGAUUUACUAAUGUCUUUAAGUAUUAUGAAAUAGAAAUAAAAAUCAAAGAGACGAACAGUAAGAAUAAAGAUAAGUAAGUUGAGUACAAUUCAGUGCUUUAAUUUUAGCUUUGUAAAAUAUAAACAUUAUAUACAUAUAUAAACAUUAUUAAAAGCGGAAGUUUACGAAAAUUCAUGGUGAAAUGAAAAACAAAUUGAGUUCUUGGUGUUUAUAACCACUGCAUGUGAUAUUUCAAUCAAAAGUGUGAAAAAUACCAAACUAGGUUAGAAAUUAAGAGAAUAAUAACUAUGCCCUAAUUGCUUGUUAAUUAGCAGUAUACCUGAAGUUGACGCAAGCUCUUAAGCGCUUUAAUGAUGGCAAUAAGCUCUAUCACAAAAGUCCUAAUUAUAAACAAAACUACACGUGAGGUUUGGCCCUCUGAGUUACAGAAAUAAAAACGAAAAAAAAAGUAAAAAAAAUGGUAAUAUAAAGUGAAAAGCUAUUUUAAGAUAUUUUGUUGUUUUUUCCUUGUAUUUCGGUAAUUGUUUUUUGUUUAUAUCUUCAGGGGGUAAAGUGUAACAUGUUAUUGGUGAACUAUCGCCAUAAACCUACCUCACUAUAUAUGGAAUAUCUAACAUCAAUAAGACAUGUCAACAUAACUUGUCUCUUUGUUUUGCUUCAAGUACAACAACAUUAAUAAUGACAAAUGUGAUUCGUGUCAACUCUGAGAUAGUUGUAGUCUCUCUGCUGUUAAUAAAGGAUAAUGAGACUUUCAGUAUUGUAAUAUCUGUUAAGUGUAAUUGUCUCACGAGCUGGCCAGUGUUGGAAGAUGUACCACAAACCAAUUUUUUUUUUAAAGAUUAACCUAACCUAACCUGACUUAAGCUAAGCUAACCUAACCUAACCUGACUUAAGCUAAGCUAACCUAACAAUAAUACUCUAGGUUAUGUUAGGUUUGUUUAGACUAGGUUCAUGUUGCUUUCCUCCAAGGUAAAAAAAAUAAAAAUAAAUAAAUUCUGACAAAAUCUAAUUGGCCAACGUUCGUGGUACUUUCCCAACACUGGUCGUCCUAAUUGGCCAACGUUCGUGGUACUUUCCCAACACUGGUCGUCCUAAUUGACCUACGUUCGUGGUACUUUCCCAAACAUUGGUCGUCCUAAUUGGCCUACGUUCGUGGUACUUCCCCAACAUUGGUGGUCCUAAUUGACCUACAUUCGUGGUACUUUUCCAACACUGGUCGUCCUGUUCAUACUCCUGUGUACAUUCUCAGCUCAACUCAUAGCAUUAUUUACACACCUUAAUAAAUGAAAAUAAAUCAUCUUUUUUCAUCUAUUCAAACUUGCAUAAUAAUAACAUCUUUCAUCAGUAUUAUUGUAAAUGGUGAUAAAUGGGGGAGGGGUUCAUAUCUGUCUGUCUGUCUGUCUGUUUGUUCAUAGGUCAGCUCUUGUCAAAACUCUUUAAUUAUAGAGUUGUGUAAAAAGUAUAUACAUAUAUGUGUGUAACUUGUACAUUAUUGAUACUGUGUUGUGAUGUGACUUAUGGAGUGAUGAUGAUGAUGAUGAUGAUGAUGAUGAUGAUGAUGAUGAUGAUGAUGAUAAUAGUGACCGAUUUAUUGCCCAGACAUAAGAAGUUCAGAUUGUGUUAGGAUAAAGCAGCAAUAAUAAUGACGAGAAUAAAACUGGGGGUGACGGCGAUGGUGAUUAUGAUGGAUAUGACAAUGGUGAUGAUAGUGAUGACUACAAUGAGGAGAAUUAUAAUAAUGAUGAUGAAGAUUUUGAUGAUGAUAAUGGUUAUAGUGAUGAUAGUGAUGACUGGUCACACUAUAUCAUCAGAUGAAUAUGACUGACCUUAAUAGUGAUGAAAGCAAUGUUUACAAAGAUAAAAAUCAUUAUCAUGAUUAGAAAAUAAAGUGAAAGGACAUAUAUUAAGGAUGAUGAUAUUGACAAUGAUGAUAAUGAUGAUGGUGAUGAUGAUGAUAUUGACAAUGAUGAUGGCGAUGUUGAAGACGAUAGAGAUGAUGAUGAUGAUGAUGAUAGUGACCUGAAAUUGUAGUAAGAAACAGAACUUAAUAAUGACAGACACCGGACCUCAUCAGUGAAAAUUCUUCGACAGGAUGGAGAGACGCCCUUGAGUAUAUCAAAUUUAAAAUGGUUCCUUGAAACAUUGUCCCCCAGUCACUCGAGAAGGGAGACUGAAAUAAGAGGAUGCUGUACCACGGACGUCACCCAAAACACGUUAUUGUAAAGGUGUUGGAAACUAUUUACGUAAUUUAUAUAGAUUUUAGUCAAGAUAUUGUAAAUGAACAAACUGGAAAACUCACAAGACUGAAAUAUGUAAAUUAGUGAGUGAAAACAAAAGGUGUGUACGAAAUAAAUCAAUAAUAAUUAUAAAAA